AUGGAAGAUAAUUUGCACGAAUGGUGCCUUUUAGAAUAUUGUCAUAUAGCAACGUUUAUAAAUCCUCAUCAUCUGUACUUUACAAAUUUAUCCAAAUCGUCAGAAAUGUCACUUAAAAAUUCUGAAAUUCUAAAAGAGGCCAAUUUGCUUACAGAAAAUAUUACAAAUAUAAAUUUAUCAAUGGAUAAAAUAUGUCUUUUAGAUCCCGCCUCUAAUCAAGUGUUAGAACCAACAGAUGGGGACAGUUUUGAAUAUUUUUUAUUUGGUGGAAUACUUGGAGAUGAUCCUCCCAGAGAUCGCACAGCUGAGUUAAGACGUCUUGGAUUUCCUUCGAGAAAUCUUGGUGCGAUGCAAAUGACAACAGAUACCGCUCUAUUUGUAACAAAUAAAAUCUUAGAGGACAAAACAUCGAUUAAUCAAAUCCCUUACAUUGAUUUUCCCGAGAUAAAAAUUGAUAAAACUGAAUCUGUGAUAAUGCCUUUUCGUUACGUCGCGAUACCUGAUGCUCAUCAAUCUACUUUACAAACAACCAACAAUGAAAUGAAACAAAACAUUGUUCCAUUAUUACCUUCAGGGAUGAUUGAUUUAUUAAAAAAAGAUGGUGAUAUGGCAUUUGAAUUUUAA